AUAUGCACAUACAUUGCAUAUUUCUCUGAUGCGAUGCUACGCCAAUAACUUGAACGCAAAACUGUUCACGCCCGUAAUUCAUGUGAUUUCCACUAUAAAACACUAAGAAAUAGUAUAUCACUUUGAUAUAAGGACUGCGCAGGCUGUAAUUGCUCAUACCAGCGUACUUACGCAGUUGUGUUGUGUUUGUAGGUCAUCGUCCAGACUUGUCAGUGAUUCGUAAACCCAAAAGCCUUUUGCAUUCGUCUAAGCAAAAUGAGUGCCGUCGCCAGCAGCGAUCCAGCCAUCAGUGGCAUGGCCCUUGGUCGGAGCCAGACCAUCUGCCGCUAUUACGUGCGCGGAAUCUGCCGCUUCGGGGAACUCUGCCGCUUCUCCCACGACCUGACUCGCGGUCAUCCGGAGUGCGAGCAGCAGGUGGCCACCGAUGUGCUCCCGAAGCCCAGUACCAGCAGUAGCAGCAGCAGCCACUUCGCCAGCACCUCCAGUCAGCCGCGGAACUGGGCUAACGCGCCAGUGUUUGUGCCCAGCCAGAAGCGUACUCCUGCCCGGGAACAGAUUGAGGAGGCCACUGUGGGGUCAGAGGCGCAGACGGAGGCGGAUGGUGAAGCGGCCUACGCCGCCUACCAGCCCGCCAUCUCCUGGGCCGAAGUGGUGGGUGGUCCUUCAUCUCUGAACACCAAAGUGGACUACGCCAACAUGAAUCCCGCUUCGCUGGAGGAAGUCUGCCCGUACGAGAGCCCCUGCGCCUGGAGCGAACUCUGCCCUUACCGCAUUCACAUGGAGCUAUGCGAAAUGUGCGACCAGUAUUGCCUACAUCCAACGGAUCAAGCCCAACGCAAGAAUCACAAUCGCGAGUGCCUGCAGCAGCACGAGCAGGCCAUGGAGCUGUCCUUCGCCAUCGCCAGAUCCAAGGACAAGACGUGCGGCAUCUGCUUCGACACGAUCAUGGAGAAGGCGGGCAGGGAAAAGCGUUUCGGCAUCCUUCCCAACUGCAACCACAUAUUCUGCUUGGAGUGCAUUCGCACAUGGCGGCAGGCCAAACAGUUUGAGCAUAAAAUAACGCGAGCUUGUCCCGAAUGUCGAGUGUGCUCGGACUUUGUGUGCCCCAGUGCGUUUUGGGUGGAGACCAAGGAGGAAAAGGACAAAUUGCUCAAUGAUUACCGCGCCGCCUUGGGAGCGAAGGACUGCAAAUACUUCAAAAAAGGCGAAGGCAAAUGCCCCUUUGGUAACAAGUGCUUUUACAAGCAUGCUCUGCCCAAUGGCGACAUCAUCGACGUGGGAUUGCCGAAGCGCACUAGAAAGUUACAGAGCCAGAAUGAAAUAAUCGACUUACUGGAUAUCUAUCUAUGGGAAUAUGUAGAUCGGCGUGACUAUCACUGGCUGGAGAUAUUUUCAAGUGAUUUAAGCGAAAGCUCCGAUUUCUCGGAUGAUGAAUAGGUUUUUGGAGCAGAAGGAAACAAAAAAAAGGAACAACAGCCCAAAAGCAUACAAAUUUGGAUAGACAGUCCGAGAAACAAGUAACCAAUAUUCAAACGAUAUAUAUAAAUGAUACUGAACCAAAUAUCGAAUGCGAAAUUAAACAAAAAAAUGUAUUUGGGUACCAAAUUUAGGUUACAUAAUAUUUAUUCUCCACUUAAUGCAACGAAAUUUACAGCAACUUUUCCGUACUUGUAUUAAAUUAAAUUAUAUUUAAUACCAUAAACAAGUGGUUCAACUUAAACCUAAAGGAACAUUGAUAUAUCAUUAAAUAUGAAUACACAAGUUUAGAGAUAAACAAACAGUAAACAGUACAUUUUGAGAAUAGGUGAUAUAAAAUGUGUAAACUAUGCCUUUCAGACUGAAUUGUAAAGAUAAAAAUACAUACAUUCUUUAAUCGGUUUUCUACUCAUUUUUUGAAGUUUAACAACUACAACUAAGUGAAACGCACAUAGCAAACGACAAUGGCACGUCUAUCUGGAUAAAUGCAAGCAUUCAACCUCAAAUGAGUCAGUGUAUCAUAACCGAGCAGAAACUAUUCCCUUUCGUCGAUAAAUGAAAUUUUUGUUAUUGUUAUGAGCCUUUGUGUUAGAGUAUUACUGUUGCAUACCUAUAAUUCAGUAUAUUUGUAAUCGUUGGCCACAAGCGUAAUACCCAAACCACUACAAAUAUGAUAUGUAUAACAUCUAUAUUGUAUAUUGAUUUUAAGUUUAUACUUUCGAAAUGUACCUCUUUAAAAUGUUUUGUUUUUACUGAUACGAAUGUAAUGUGUUGUCCAUUAGCGAAACAACAAUUAAUAAACUAAGGGAAUUAACAUAUAGACCCAACAUGUUCAAAAUCCAAAACCUAAAAUCAAUGUAACAAUUACUUGAAAAAUCUCAAUAAUUGCAUAGGAUCGGGUUCGGCGAUUCGAAUCCAUUUGUAUGUGAUUCAUAGUUGACAAAAAAUAUCUUAUGAAUAAUUGGUAAUAAGUAAAUAGUUUUAAAAACAUGAAAAUGGUCGUUGAAAUAUGAUAUAGAAUGAACAGUUCAGUUCAACAAAUACAUGCUACCGUAAAAGCUGAAACGCAAUGCCUUUGUUCUAUUCUUAUUUUCUAUCAAUGUCAUUUAACACAAGGAACACACUAUGAAGGACCCUCGUAGGAAAUAGUUGGUUAAAAGGUUAGCCUCAUCGCAUAAUAAUGAGGAAUCGUACUUUUAGUUAAGUAUAAUAAUUAAAAUUUUCUGUGAAAUUAUGAGUUUUUCCAAAAAGAUUUCCAAAAUAGCUGAACCUAUCCAGAAGUGAUAUAUUUCUUUAAUUUUUGAACUGGAUUACAAAUAAAUUAUUAAACGGAAUAAACUCGUAAAUCAAAAUGCUUUUUUGAAGUUACUAACUAAUAAUUGUAAGAACAUAUUCGGGGACCGUUCCAAAAAAUUAUAAAUAUCUUUUAAAACGGAUUUAUAACACGAGCCUUGAAUCGAAUACUAAUUGUGCCAUUUCCCAUUUUUAAAAUUGUUCAAAACAAAAAAUAACCAAUCUGGCUGAAGUUGUACCUAGAUUAGAUUAAAAAUAAAAUUUGUAACAUUAUGUUGAUAAUAAAAAGCAGGAAUGAAAUAAAUAAAAAA